CCCUACGCAUUAUAAUUAGCUUACACACAAUCACUCACGCUCACAUGUAGGCCAACGUCAUAGUGCACAACGACUUUGCAAAAGCAACGAGCAAAAUGGCGAGGCUGCGAGUGCUCGUGCUCGCGGGCUUCAUGCUCUUUUUCGGGACCAUCAACACGCUCACCACCAAGUUCCAGGACAUGACGGUGGUGGGUGUGGGGCCGGAUGGCAAGCCACUCACCUUCAACCACCCGGCAGUGCAGUCGUUCUUCAUGUUUUUCGGCGAGCUACUCUGCCUGGCCCCCCACUUCCUAGGCGAGUGGCGCCUGGCCUCCAGCCGCAGCCGCGUCAAGCGGCGUCAGGAGCUGCAGCGGCGCGGACCCGCCUUCCGGCUGCGGCGCGUGCUGGCCUUCGCCGCGCCCGCCUGCUGCGAUGCCGUGGCCACCACACUGCUCAACAUCGGGCUGUUCUACACCUACGCCAGCACGUACCAGAUGCUCCGCGGGACGCUGGUGCUGUUCGCGGGCUUCUUCACGGUCACGGUGCUGCGGCGGCGGCUGUACAUCCACCACUGGCUGGGCAUGGUCCUGAUCACGGGCGGUGCGGCGCUGGUGGGCGCGGCCUCAGUGCUGUCCUCACACCACGGCGGGGCACCCGCACCCGCCCCCGCCCCCUUCCCCUCGCCCGUCCCCUCGCCCUCGCCCUCCUCCCCUGGCCUGAUGCUGGACGGCCUGGUGGGGGCGGCCGGUGGUGGUGGUGGCGGAGGGCUGCUGCUGGGCUGGCGCAAACUGGCGCUGGCUGCCCUGGGCUCGGACCCGGGUGUGGACGCCGCCGCUGCGCCGCUGUUCGGCGACCUGUGUGUGGUGGCGGCGCAGGCCUUCACCGCGCUGCAGUUUAUCCUGGAGGAGAAGUUCGUGGCCGACUUCCGCGUGCCCACGCUGCUGGCUGUGGGGCUGGAGGGGCUGUGGGGCUGCGGCGUGUGUGCGGUGGCGCUGCCGCUGCUGGAGGCGGUGCGGGUGGGGCCGGGGCACAGGCCGCUGGACUCGGCGGCGCAGAGGGGCGGAGGGGGGGCGGGCCAGCGGCCGCAGGCCCUGUCGGGCGCGGCCCGCGCCACCAUCGACGCCUGCCGCACUCUGUUUGUGUGGCUUGUGUCGCUGUGGCUGGGUUGGGAGCGCUUCCUGCCGCUGCAGGUGGUGGGCUUUGCAGUGCUGUUCUCGGGUGAGAGACAAGAAGGCUCCAUGCGCCUGGGUCAGAACACGCUGCAGCCGCACGCCCUGGACGCCGACACAGACGCCGAGCCCGGAGCGGACAGCGACACGUUGGGCGGCUCCUCGCCAGGCGGGCUCAGCUACACCGCGGGCUCGGCGGCGGCGGGAGGCGGGCUGCUGGGCGGCGGCGGCGGCGGCGGCGGCGGCGGCGGCGGCCACCCCAACAUUCCGGAGGGCGACGAGGAAAGCGAUUUGGUGGGCUGCAUGUCGGGCAUUGACCCGGUGCCGACCUCGCCCGCGCGGAACGUCACCCGGGGUUCUCACGGGGCCGCAGCAGCAGGAGCAGCAGGAGCAGGAGGAGGAGGCGGAGGCAGCCAGCGUGUCAGCAUUGCCAUCGGGCCGCACGGCAUGCUGUCGGGCGGCGUGGGGAGAGGAGGAGGGGGCGGAGGGGGAGGAGGCGGGCGGGACGGGGGCGGGGGCGGGGGCGGCGUGCCCAUUGCGGUGCCGCCGGGGCGGCGGCAGUAGCAGGCGAGAUGACACGUGCUGCCGCCGGGGAGGCGGCAGUGGCUGCAGGGAAAAGGGGGAGGUUUCAGUUCGAGGGAUGUGGGUUUGUGUACGGUAGUUGGUAGUUGGUAGUUAAUUGGCGGGUCGUCAGAGGGGCCACACAGGGCGGAGUUGGGUGCCUUGCCCGGUACUUGAGCAGUGGUGCAUUUAUUUGCAGGCAUGUAGUGUGUUCCCGGACAACAGGUUGAGGGCAGGGGGCUACGGCUGCGGGACUGUUUCAGUGGGGUGUGGCGUGUGGCGUGUGCGCAGGAGGGGAGAGGAUUCGGCGAGGGGGAGGCAAGCAAGGCGCGCGCGCCCGAUACCCACGCACCCACUUGCCCCGUGCCAAAGCCGGAUAGUGUUCCAAUGUGUUUUGGUUUAGGGGGGUAAAUGGUGUUCAGGUCAGGCCGUGUGUCGUUGUCGGACCGCGGGUUUGUGUGUACGUGGGAGGGCGUGCACGCUUACGUUUAAACGCGCGUGGUUGGGAGUUUCAUUGCGGCACUAUGAGACGGAGGUCGGUGUCAGGUGGCGUGUCAGUGUCGGACCGCGGGUUUGUCUUUGGGGGGUGGGGGAUGGGGGGCGUGCACUCAUCCGGACCCACGCAGCCAGAGAGCGCGUGUGCCUCUGCGUGGCGUGUAUCGUGCAUGUGUGCGUGUGUGUGUAUGCGUGUGUGGUGUGUGUCCGGGGUUGUAGGUAGGUCCCAGCCGUGCUGCGUGCUAGGAAUCGAAGGGUGCAGGAAUGGACGCAGGAUGGCGGGCGAGGAGGAUGGGCGCAGGAAGGUGGUGGGAGGGCACGUGUAACACGGCACUGGG